AUGGACCAUGCGGAUAGACUCAGUUGGAAAAUUGUGUUGGAGAAUAUUGUAGAGAUACUAUCCAUCUAUAUCUGGCCAAUUUUCUUUUCAACACAUUAUCAAAGGACAGUGAAACGGUUGCUGGAAUUUAUAGAAAACGAAAACAUAAAUACUUAUUAUCCUCAAUCCUCAUCAAUAUCCAAUCCUGUUAAAUCUGCUUUUCUAUUUGUAAGUCAUCUUUCAACUGUGGAUAUGGAUUUUGUGGUGCUCAUAGCAUUUUGUUUUGUCUAG